GUUUGUUUACAUUUUUUCCACAUGUCGAUCAGAAAACUUUCAAGUCAUCUAAUUAUUAACCAAUAUACUACAAGUUAAGAUAAAUAACUUUAAUGUGUUUAAUUUAAUAUCAUAUCUGUGAUAAUAUAGGUACGGGCAAAAGAUUUAAAGAAGUUUCAUGAUUUAUCGGUUCAUCUCAAAUACAUCUGUAAGCAUAUAGUGUGUGCGUCUGAAACAAAAACUACUUUACAUAUUACAGAAAAUUAUAUAACCAUUAAUGCAAAAUUAUAAUGCUGUACAAAUCCAGCAGUUUCAUACCGAAAAAAGUAAAUAGUAGUGUAAGAGAUGAUCAGUAAACCUUGAAAUCAGACUAAGUAAAAGUUAUGAACUGAUUUUAGAGUAUUAAGAGCGAUGUAUAAUUGCAUAAAAGUGUUAUUGAAUUGUGAACGCAAUUGUUUUAUAUAUGUAUUUGAGAGUGAUUAAGAUUAAGGAAAGCGUAUUUUUAUAUCACAACUAAUGCUAUGCAUUUGAAGUUAUUCAAAUGAACUACACAAGUUUGUCAUACAGAAUAUGAAUAAGUGAUCGAAUAAGAAAAUGACCUUUAUUUUAAGUAUCUGUCUGAUAAUGCAUGUUGACUACUUGACUUGACUACCGGGAAUUCGCAUAACAAAUCACAAGUUCAAGAUUAGUUUUCCUAGUCAUUGGGGGGUCGGGCGAUUGCCUGUACCCCCUACCAGCGAAAUUCUAGCAACAAUUAGUAUGUUCGAGCAAAUUAAAACUGAACCUAUGGGAUUUUACACAGCAUAUCCACCACCACAAGCUAACCAGGCUCCUAUAAUAACAACUUCACGCUCGGACCAAAAUCAGCAAUCUGUCAUUGCCGUAAAUGAGAGUAAAUCUGCUAUUAAUAACAGUUCGCCUGUAAUAUCCACCCAGCCAGUGAAUAAUCAUUCCACCACGGUGAGCCGAACUAAACGACAAACAUGCAAAGUUUGCGGAAAAACAUUAUCUUCUCCUAGCAGCUAUUACGUGCACAUGAAAUUACACUCGGGAACUAAACCAUUCGCUUGCACUGUAUGUGAGGCGGCAUUUUGUAGAAAACCGUACUUGGAGGUACACAUGCGAACACAUACAGGUGAAAGGCCAUUUUCUUGUGACGUGUGCCUAAAACGGUUUAGUCAAAAAUCAUCUUUAAACACACAUAAAAAAAUUCAUUUGAGAUAUUGGAGCGUUCAUAAACCGUUCCAGUGUAAUCAGUGUAAUGCGUCCUUUGGCCGAAAACCGUAUUUAGAAAUUCAUCUUCGAAUCCAUUCUGGUGAACGUCCUUUCAUUUGUGACAGAGAAGGUUGUGAUAAAAGGUUUUCGCAGAAAUCAACACUGAACAUUCACAAACGCGUUCACGAUCCUAAUCAUAGACCUUUCAUAUGUGAGCAUUGUCCAGCAACAUUUUGCCGCAAGCCGUAUCUUGAUAUUCAUAUAAGAUCGCAUACAGGGGAAAGACCAUUCGAGUGUAUAACUUGUUCGAAGCGAUUUUCUCAAAGAUCUACGUUAAACAUUCAUAAACGCAUUCAUACUGGGGAACGUCCAUAUGCGUGUGAUAUAUGUAACAAAACUUUCGCCGUUAAAAGCUAUGUUACGGCUCAUCGUUGGUCACAUGUUUCAGAAAAACCGUUGAACUGUGAUCGAUGUUCAAUGACAUUUACCAGUAAAUCACAAUUUGCCAUCCACAUUCGAACCCACUCUGCUGGCCAAAAUUUCGAAUGUCGCCUUUGCGGUCGAACUUUUAUACGCGACAGCUAUUUGAUUCGACAUAAUAAUCGGGUUCAUCGUGAUAAUAGAAUCAACGCUAACAACGUCAAUGCAACCAUUAACAGUGUUGCUAUUGGAGAGAUACCAUCGCAGAUCAAUGCACCAGCAACUAUUGAUGCAAGCGAACACAGUAAUCAUCAGAGAGAAGCAUUUAACAGUGCUUCCACACAACCAUGUGAUUUUAGAUACGUCCCUGAACUACAGAUGACUGAGACGUUAUCGUCCGUAUCUCAUAUUUCAUCUCCUGAUGUUUCCAGCCAUAACUUAUCGCCAAAUAUUACAAAUUCUAAUCAAGAACAUGGAAUGACACCUAACAGGUCUAUGAUCAUCAAUGGAAGUAAUGCACAUGUUUCCAUUCAAGGUGGGAUCAUUGAUCACGGACGAAUGGUACAGGAUAUACAUGAUCGCGACCACAUAGAAAUCGAUAGAGUCCUUCAUCAAGAACGAUCUGAUCACGAAUCUCGCAAUCUUGCGGAUCGUUUCAUUCAAAAUGCCGAGAGAAUGGCACAGGAGCAUACAUUGGUAAUGCAACAACAAGAUCACCAUCAGAACAUGAUGUCACCAAUUCAUCGUAUGGUUACAGACAAAAACAGUAUUCCCAGUCUACUUGAACCUAAACAUGAAUAAAGGAAUUAAGUGGUAUGAAAAAUAUGAGAAAUCAUCAUAGGACAUAAUAUAAUAGCUGUUUCAUGAUUUACACCAUAUUGUACAAGUAUUCAAGUAUACUAAAUUACAACUAGCAAAUAUUAAAAAUAGAUUAGAUUAUGUAGGGCAUUCUUGAAAAAUAAAAAACUUAGUUUGAUGCAAUAUCACAACAAGAACAUACAAUAAGAAGCUGUAUAGAAAACCCGGUAUAGUAUAUUGUAAUGUAUAACCUAUUGCAGUUCAUAAAUAUAUUAUUCAUCAGUAGUGAAAGUUAUAAGCGAAGCAAAAACCCACAUAGAAUCAAGCCGAAGGCAGCGCCAUUGGUAUUCAUAAGAACGCGUUUAAGUUGACAUUGGUAUCUGAUAAGGUGCAAGGUAUAUUUAAUCGAAAGUUUUCUUCCGCCUUCGGAUAAACUUUAUAAAUAAAAAAACUUCAAGGAUAGAUACCACAAAGCUUCCUAGAGUAGUCAUUUCCAAAAUGAUGUGAUCUGUAGCUGCCUUCAGCGUUUUAUUUUCUAAGUGAACUACCAAGCCAUCGCAAAAGGAUGGAAAAUUUAUGUAAACACCCGAUAGUAAUGUUAGUAGUUAUUAUGAAAUAUAUCUAUUUUAUUUAAUGGAUGAAGAAUUCGA